CAAUGUUGCGCUGGUCAGGACUCGAUUCCUGAUCACGGCCAAUGUCCUUAUGGUAGGUCGGCCGUCCUAGCGGUAUUUUGCGUAGCGUGCUUUGACCGGUUUGCAAGGACAAGUGCGAAUCGCGGGUGAACAGUGCUGCCAACUGCCAUUUCAAACAUGAAUAUGAUAGCUUCGACCCGCCGGGAUCGUCAAAUAUGCAUAAAUCGAUGCAUGCACAUCGCUGAUCCUGCCACUGGCGCGUCCUUACUCGCUUGAGAGGCAAACUUGUCUCCGCGAAAAUGUGUGCAGCCCAGCAAUACUGCCUCAGGUGGAACAACCACCGUUCGAAUUUACUGAACAUGUUCGACGAACUCCUCCAGAACCAAAUUCUCACAGACGUAACCCUCGUGUGUGAAGGUGGCAGUCCUAUAAAAUGCCACAAAAUGGUGUUAGUAGCCUGCUCUCCUUAUUUCCACAACGUCUUCAUGGACCUACCGUGCAAGCACCCCGUGGUGGUCCUCAAAGACGUCAAAUAUAACGAAAUAAAAGCGAUUUUAGAAUACAUGUACAGAGGCGAAGUGAACGUAGCCCAAGAUCAACUCGCUGCCUUGCUCAAAGUGGCCGAAGCCUUAAAAGUGAAAGGUCUGGUAGAAGAGAAUAGGUCCAGUAGUACAAAUUUUUGUAAUAAAGACGAUGAACCAAUGGAGCACUCGCCUACAGGAACAAUCAAUUCGAAUUCUAGUAUUCAAAAUGUCCAUAGUAGCAGCAAUAACUCGCCCCCGCAUUCUACGAACAACCACUACAAAAGUCCUUAUAGUAGCAUGUACCCGGGAAAACCUGGGAGUGGGGGCAAUUCCCGAAUGAACCUGCCCAUGUGGUCGGUGCCUGGGCUGCCACCAAUACCGCCUCAUUCUAACACUGUUCCUAAUCAAAAUCAUCCCCAUGCUGCCGCAACUGCUGCAGCCGCCAUGUUGAGCAGUUGCUACGAAGCCGCAACCGACAUGUCUCCAUUGAGGAGAAAGAAGUUGUCCAGUCUUCAGAUGAAUAGAGACACUCCUAUUUUGAGGACCGUUCUAGGACAAGGUCAAGCCGAUUCAUCGCAACCUGUGAGUUUAGUGUGUCAUCCGGACAGCCAUGAUCAACAGUCAAAUGGACCGGAUCAGGAGCGGAUGGAUACGCACCUCAAGAACGAGCCUUCAGAAGACGCUCAAUCCCCAUACACCGACUUCACGGUAAUGAACGACGAAGAAGAAAAAUCAAAACUGGCAAUUCCGUCCUCUUCCCCUCAGUCUUACUCCAACGAAAUGCGAGCGGUGUCUUCAGGAAUUGCUCCCUACGUCCCAGCGCAGAGACCCGAAUGGAAACGCUACAAGCAAUACACUCGGGAAGACAUUCUUUCGGCUAUCAACGCUGUCCGAAACGGAAUGUCUGCGCUUCAGGCAGCUCGAAAGUACAAAGUUCCGUCAAGGACUCUCUAUGACAAGGUGAAGAAACUGGGUAUCACGACGAGUCGGCCCUUCAAGCGGGGCUCCAACGGAAGCCCUGCGUGCUUUCCCUACGCCCUGAGCGGCACGGGUUCCCCUUACAGCGGCCACAUGUCGGAGAACGACGACCCUCCUACCAAUAAUAAUACGUCCCUUCUGGAGGCGACCUUCCUUCAGCAUGCUUUCGAGGGUCGCGGAGGCGACGACAGGGAGGCUCUGGCGGCCAUGGCGGUGGCGGUGGCGGCGCGUGCGGUGGUAUCGGGGCAAUCCACGAGUCCCCCGAACCCCGGACAUGCGAGGAGCCCCAGCCCGAGUCCGACCUUGAUGAAGUACAUGCGUCAGUGCAGUUUGACGCCGUCGCCGGCACCAGGAAGCGAACACCACUACAGCGAGACGAACGGAAGUUCCGAGAGGGAGCGCGACGACGACGACGAUCAGGUGGAGGAUUUGUCGGUGAGCAGGAAGCAGGAGUCGCGGGUGAUAAUGCCGCCGAUGAACCAGGUGUCCACGAUAAUGAAGAAGGAGGAGUUGUUGAAGGACAUCAUCAAGGAGGAGGCUCGGAGGGAGAUAACCGUGGACGAGACGGAAUAGCCCUACGCUGAAAGACUGCUGACAUAGUUUUAAACCAGUGUUAAGUUUUAUGAUUAUAUAUUUUAUGUAUUUUAAGGUUGCAUUUGCAAAAUGACUGAGUUCAGUGCAAUAUGUAUUAUCUGUGGUCACCCCACCGUACUCACUUAGGUUAGGACGAUUAGGUAUGUUAAGAUUUUUUUUAUCUCAGAGUGCCUGUUUGUUUAUGCCAAGUGCGAGACCAGCUCACAUUUCCUACAAGUUCCUUCACGGAAUGUAACUCGUAAGACUGAUAGGUUAUGUCACUUCACUAUGAGACUGAUAUAAGUAGCAAAUUGGCGGUCUUUGUGCUUGCACCACGUAACCGGUGUUUGUUGAUCUUUACUGAUCUUUGAAAAAAGAUGUAAAUAGUUUUGCUGGGGGGCAUUAAGCCUGCUGCAGAGGAGCUGAAUGUUGACUUGUUGCGCGUUAUCAUGAUUAUUCACUUUGUUUCGGCCCUCUUUAAUUAACCGUAAAUUAAACAUAGUUCGAUGUGAUUAUUGGCUUAAAUUACAAAUAAUUGGUUUUGGGUUUUUGGGCUUGUAUCUUACGGAAUAGGAUAGGUAAUGUGUAAGAUAUUGUUUAAAAUGAGAAGAGAGUUUUAGAUGAGGGAUUACGAGAUAUCAGUUGUAUUGAAAUUGUAUUUAGUGUACGAGUGUCUUGUGUAGCACUAUUGAGUCAUUUGAAGCACCUCAAAGGUACAUAAUAAUUGUCAGUGGUAGUUGCACGAUGCCAUAGGUCCUCAAGAUGGCCCUUGUAUAGCCAUAGCUGUGAUUUUCCUAGACUGAACACAUCACUAAACAAUACACACAUCCGUUCUUUGUCGAUAUGAAUUUAGACUGACAGGUCUAGUCACCAGAUUCAUUGCUGCAGCUCAUCGAUUUUAUUAUAUUAACCAAAAGUGCAAUUCUUGUUGCAACACUGUAUUUAUUAUUAACGAUUUACAAGACUGAAUUAAUGUUAUUAUUGAUUAUUUUUCCUACGCGACUAUAACACAACAAAAUGGACCAAUUUUUCAAGUAAAAUUGAAUUUACACACAAUGUGCCUUUUACUCAGUCCAAAUCUUACUGAAUUACAUUCCAUUAGUUUUAUCGAAUUCCGGUUUUAAUCAUCACACAGGGUUCCCGUCACGUUUUCAUUCACACCGAUUUACACAGUUUGUCCUGAAGUGAAUUUUCGCAUAGCACCAAUUCCAACUUGAAUGUUGUGUUUAUUAUUUUUGCCAUUUUUAUUUAAGACUGAUUAUUAUUAUUAAUAUUAUUUUGUUAAUUGUUUUCCAAAGUAUUGAUAAUUGUUAUCAGUUAUACGUAUACCUUACCUAUAGUACUUGUACUACAGAUCUCAAAUAACUAGAAGCUAAUGCUUUAUUCAACUACCUCAACAUAAACAAUUUAUUUACAUAAGA